UCUUAUCCAAACCGGAAAAACUCGCAAUAUAAACAAUCAAAUUUCAUUUCUUCAUUGUCUCACACAAAUCCAUCUCCCCUUCCAUUUGUCCAAAAUCCCCAAAUUUUCGGGCCCCAAUUUCACGGCCGAGCUGAAAUUAUUUACUCGUUUGUAAAUCGUUUUCUUAUUUUAAUCGCGGCGUCAACAGCCUCGCAAAAUCUCGGAAUCAGCCCAUCCGUUUCGUUUUUUUUCUGCGGUUGUGGCUGAUUUCUCCGUGAAUUCGUUUCCGACGGUGCGUUCAUUGCCGAGUUUUUGGAGCGGAAGAUGACGAUUCAAUCGUUUGGAGAGAGUUCUGGUUAUUUGAGUGGGAGUCGUCGGAAGAUUACGUAUUUCAGCAAUUCUUACGUGCUGGGAUUGACUGUAGUUGCUGGUAUCGGCGGCCUGCUCUUCGGCUAUGAUACUGGAGUUAUAUCAGGAGCACUUCUAUAUAUCCGUGAUGAAUUUGAGGAGGUCGAUCAGAGUAGCUUUUUACAGGAAACAAUCGUCAGCAUGGCUUUGGUUGGUGCCAUGAUUGGAGCUGCAGUAGGCGGUUGGUUUAGUGAUGCUUUUGGGCGCAAGAAAGCUACCCUGUCAGCUGAUGUUGUAUUCGCACUAGGAGCUAUUGUCAUGGCCGCAGCUCCAGAUCCAUACAUUCUUAUUAUUGGACGGUUCUUUGUUGGCCUGGGGGUAGGUAUAGCAUCAAUCACUGCUCCCGUGUAUAUUGCAGAGGCCGCUCCAUCAGAAAUUAGAGGUGGCCUAGUGAGCACAAAUGUUCUUAUGAUUACUGGUGGACAGUUUCUCUCUUACCUUGUGAACCUUGCUUUUACUGAGGUUCCUGGUACAUGGCGGUGGAUGCUUGGGGUAUCCGGGUUACCUGCUAUUAUCCAGUUCUUUCUCAUGCUAUUUUUGCCAGAGUCUCCACGCUGGCUUUACAUGAAGAAGGAGAAAUCUGACGCCAUUGAUGUGCUAUCAAAAAUCUAUGAUCCGUUUCGCUUGGAAGAGGAAAUCGAUCAACUUGCCACUGCACUUGAAGAAGAGCGCCAACGGAAGACUCUAGUCAGUUACUUUGAUGUCAUCAGAGUAAAACCGCUAAGACUUGCCUUUAUGGCUGGAGCUGGAAUGCAGGCAUUCCAACAGUUCACCGGCAUCAACACGGUGAUGUAUUACAGCCCAACUAUAGUCCAAAUGGCCGGAUUCCACUCCAACCAACUAGCACUCCUCCUAUCCCUCAUUGUAGCGUUUAUGAACGCCCUAGGUACCGUUCUCGGAAUCUACCUCAUCGAUCAAUUCGGUCGUAGGAAGCUGGCGCUGAGCAGUUUGUUUGGAGUGACCAUCUCUCUCAUAAUCCUCGCUAUGGCCUUUAUCCUCCAGCCGUCCGAUUCUACAACCGGAGUCUACGGUUGGCUCGCAGUUUUAGGUCUGGCUCUUUAUAUCGCUUUCUUUGCACCAGGGAUGGGUCCCGUUCCAUGGACCGUAAACUCAGAAAUAUACCCAGAAGCCUACCGAGGACUCUGCGGAGGGAUGUCUGCUACUGUGAACUGGAUAUCGAAUCUCAUUGUAGCUCAAAGCUUUCUGUCGAUAGCCGAGGCCACGGGCACCGGCCCGACGUUCCUGAUUCUUGCUGCCAUAGCUGUCGUGGCGUUCGUAUUUGUGGCUGUUUACAUUCCGGAAACGAAGGGCUUGUCGUUUGAGGAAGUGGAGAGAAUAUGGCAGGAGAGGGCUAAGGGUAAUCGAGGUGUAGCUGUUGUUACUAAUGAGAGAGAGCCUCUGCUGUAGAUUUGUAGAGAGGGUUUGAGUGAUGCUUAGAUUGUUGUCUACUAUCAAAGUUUUGAUAGCAAUUGGAAUGUUAAUAAUUUGUUGGACAACUAUAAAAUGUAAUUUUGUUGUCCAUUUGUGUGUAAUCUAUGUAUGUUGAAUGUAAAUGGUUGAAUAAAUCUUGUUUUUGUUUU